AUGGCAACUUUCGAAGGAAGUUCCACGUUUCAAAACCUUUUGUAUGUAGUUGAUCAACCUUUUGAAAAUAUAGCCGUUGAGUUCCAAGGUUUAGUACCUGAACAAAAAAGGUUCGAAGCUGCUUGCGCUUUGAUGGUAUUAUUAGAAGAUGGCAAGCUACAGGCUAACCAACGAGUUGUUGCACUUUACAUUCUUUAUCAUUUAUAUAAUGUCGUUCCUAUUCAUCAAAAUCCAUUCCUAUUACUUUUUCUAAAUCUCUAUAAGACAUUAUUUUCAAAUCUAGCUUUUGUUAAAGCCAAUUAUGAAUUAAUGGUCGAAUUUCGAGUGGAAGCUUUAAUUUUAGCUAAUAAAGGUGAACAGUUAGCAAAUAGAACACCCACUGAUAUAUUCACACAAUUUGCAAGUAAUGAUAAUUCCUCUUUAGUGGAUACAGAAGAAGUAAAUAUAGCAGGAUUUGAACAUUAUAUUAAAAGUGAAUUGGAUGUACAAUUGCCACAAAAAGGAGAAAAAUCAGAGAGACAAUGGUCUUGGGCUGAUAUUGAUGACUUGGACGUUCGUGAAAGUUCCUAUGCCCCAUCACAACCACCUCCUUCAGUAAUACCAAAUGAGCACAAUCCUAUUGAGGUGGAUUCUGAAAUAGAAUGGGAUUAUAAUAUUCUGGCAGACUUUACAGAUCGUGAUGAUAUUAAACUUUUGAUGAACAAAGCUUUACAAAGAGCAUUGUCAAUACCAGAAGAAGAGUAUGUCCUUAAACAAUUUCAGAAGAAUCCAAAGUUGAUAUAUCAUUGUGAUUUUUCACCAGAAAAACUUCCUUAUCUGAUUGAAAAUAAUUCAAGAGUUGCAGUAGAAGCCUUAUUACAACUAAAAUCAUCUCCUCAGAUUGGAAAAUCUUCUAUGGAAGUUGUAAAUCAACUUCUCACCACUUUUCCAUUGUCUCCGGAAUUUUUGCAUUCAUAUCUAUCUAAUUGUGUGCACGCUUGUGAGGAAUGUCGAAAUAGGAACAUCCAAGAUCGGCAAGUUCGUCUCAUUUGUGUUUUUCUCCAAUCGUUAAUUCGUAAUAACAUAAUAGAUGUGAACCGGUUCUUCAUUGAAAUACAAGCUUUUUGUCUUCAAUUUUCGAGGAAUCGAGAGGCAGCCGGAUUAUUCAGAUUCUUAUUAGAUUUACAAAGGGAUGCAGUGGGUGAAGAUUAG